CGACAAGCUCCGCGGCUGGACUUGGUUGUUCGAGUUGCAGUUGCGUGCCUCUCGUCGUCCAUACAACACUCCAUCAUACUUCGACAUUAAACCCAACCGUUGAGCGGUUCUUCCGUCCUUAUCUGGCGAGGCAAUUAGCUGUAGCCGACGUCUACAUUCUUCUGCCAUCUGUGUCCCGCUCCCCUCUGUUCCCGCCUUGUUUGUCGGGUUCAACGAGCCCAUAGUGCCGGUCAACAACAAUCAUCCGUCCCGCCAGACCUUUGUCGCUUCGGCUGGGCGAGUAGGUUGCUGCGGCUACGAAAAGCCUCUGCUGCUGGGCAACUGAACGAUAGCACACUAUAGUACGUUUCUGCACAUAGUUCCUCAAAACCCAGAAAUUGACCGCGAUCCUCAUCUUUGACUAUGGCUGCCAAAAACACCAAGGCGGCACCAACUGAUGACGAGCUUGGUGAGCUCUUCUCCGGCAUUGGCAACGACAGUGGCCCUAAGAAAACCACGAAAGCCAAGUCAGCGGCAGCCAAGGCUCGCGGGGAGCAACCCGAGGAUAUCCUCGCCGAACUCGAGAACCAGCUUGAGACUCAACCCGCUCGACCGCACACUCCACGAAUCAAGGACGCAGCCUCCAAACGAACGAGCACGGCGACGCCGCCUCCUGCGGCUGGCCGCUUGUCCGAAGACAAGCCAAACCUACCCCGCAAGUCAGCCGACAGCACUCGUUCGUUCCAUGCCAGCUUCACCCCGAGCGCAACCAGCUCUGACCUGCAAGACGCUGAAAAGAGAGGACCCGUUGAGCAGGCUGCUGAUGCCCAAGCCGCUGCCUCUGGGGGUGGAUGGUGGGGAGGCAUCUUCGCAACUGCCACAGCGACUGCUUCGGCCGCCGUGAAGCAGGCCGAGGCGGCAUACAAGGAGCUUCAGCAAAACGAGGAAGCAAAGAAAUAUCUUGAAUCAGUUCGGGGCAAUGUUGGUGCAAUCAAAGGCCUUGGUGACGAACUCCGUCAUCGGGCUCUACCGACUUUCACCAAUAUCCUCCACACCCUGGCGCCUCCUAUCUCCUCACAUGAGCGCCUAUUGAUCCAUAUCACCCACGACCUGGUCGGCUACCCCUCGCUGGAUCCGCUUAUCCACGAGGUGUUCAGCCGUGUCAUGUCACAAGUCGAGGGUGGCGAUCUGUUGGUCAUCCAGCGAGGCCACGAAAGUAGUGCCCGCCGUGCCUCAGAUGCCACUGCAUUCUACACUGGUUCCUCGUCGUCAGCUGGUUGGCGGGAUGGCCCCUGGUGGCGCCAAGUUGAUACUCCUCGCGACCUCGGCGUGGUUAAGGGACUCGUCGAGGGAACCAAGCUGUGCCGCGUCAGUGCCGAGAGCUACUCGACCGACUACUUUGCCGCCAGCGGUGGAGUUGAGGAGGCUCAGAAGCGAGCACUGGAGCCAGUCAGUGAAGACAAUCCCGUACGCACCAGCGACAUCUUUCUCGCUGUCCAGGCUAUCCUCGUCGAUGCGGACACUGCGCUAUUCGCUGGCAGCACCACUAGUGAGAAGGAAAAGGAAGAGAGUGUCGUGGCGGAAGACAAUACAGACACCCAAGUCUGCUUCGCCGUCUAUGUGCUGGAUCCUAUCCAUGAGAUUAUGUACAGCAGCGUCAGCCAAAGCAUACCCGCCAAAUGGAUCCGCUGGCUCGAUGCGCCCAGUCCGCUCACCCCCGCCAGUGCCGAGUCCGAGGGCCAGCAGGAAAGACUCCACGAUGUGAUGAGUGUGCCCGAGGAGAUCCGCGAGAUCGUCGAGGGCGGCGGCGUCGAUCCCCGGGAAUGGGUCGCCGAGUGGGUUGAGGAGUCCCUGAAUUUGAGUGUGGGCGUUGUUGCGCAGCGAUACGUUGCUAGACGGAUGGGGGUCGGCGAGGGUGGCUUUGGCAAGGGGAAGCAGAAGAUUGAGGCUGUUCUGCAUGACGGUGGGGGUGAGGCUGCCAGGGCCGGCUUGAUCUAAAUCUCGGCGGGAUCUUAACGCAACAUGAAUAUGACAGGGGCGCUUCUGUUUUCUGCGGAGUUGACGGUGUUAGCUGGAUGUAUUUGUUUGUUUCUGUCAUACCCGGACCCAACAGUGUUCGGAAUUUCAGCUCUAGUAUACAACUAGAGAGUUUGUAGUAUAACUUCGAUACGUAGUUUUUAAAGAACUAAACCCUGUCAAUGGUGGCUGUGUACCUGGCAGAGGUCUGAUUAAACGGUAGCUGUCAUCCAGUAAGUAUAUGAUCCAACACAGGCCGCGCCACACUCGCAACCACCUAGUGAUAAAAGCAGACAAGCGGAGAUCCUCUCGACAUUCGCGGAUAUUCUAUCGGGCCUUGACCAUAUACAUGUUGCCCUGAUGCAAUAACUCGAGAAUCAAAC